GAAAAUUGUUGUACACCCCAAACAAAAAUAAAACAAAAAGCAACAAAAACCAGCCCCCACCACGAAUCCACGCGACCCCACACGCAUCAUAUUCAUCUUUUUAGUCCCGGUCAUCGUAACUGACACAGCACCAGUAUCAUCAAUUUAGCGUGUCAUUUUGGCUCUGUUUUUUCUCUGCAAAUCUCUGAAUCCGCCAUUGUUGUUCUUCGAGUUUUUUUCCAACCGUGAAAGAAGUUCCGCCAAAAUGGAAGCUCCUCCUGUAUUCAUUCAAGCUUUCUUGGACGCCGCCUACCUUGGAGACCUCCAUGCAAUCAAAAGGUUGGUGGCUCUGAUGAAAAAGACAGUUGAAUCCGAAUCGCCUAAUGCACAGUUCAAGGUUGAAAAUGGCGGAAGGUUUGGGGACAUUUCUUUUGAAGCUAUGCAGGAUCAUGACGGGUUGAAUGCCCUUCACAAGGCUGCAUCGAGAGGGAAGAUUAAGAUGUGCGAGUACCUAAUCGAUGAGUUGAAGUUCAAUGUCAACGUAACUGAUGCUGAAGGGCAAACACCCUUAUUCGAAGCAAUCUUGGGGAAGCAUGUGUCUGUUGCUAAAUUCCUGAUUGAGAGAGGUGCAGAUGUUAAAAAGACAAACUACAAAGGGUCCACGCCAUUGCAUUAUGCUGCUGAAAAAGGUUCCUUGGAGUUGGUUAAGUUCUUGAUCUCCAAAGGGGCUGAUAUACAUGAAAUUUCUGAAGAUGGGUCACCGCUACAUUCUGCUGCAGCUCAUGGAAGUUCCGAAGUGUUGAAUUGCUUGUUGGACCUUGGGGCAGAUCCGAAUUAUAUCUCUCCAAUUGUUAUGUCUCCACUUAUGAAAUCUAUGCUGGCUGAAGCACUUGACUGCAUGGUCCUGCUACUUAAGGGAAAACGAGGAAGUAAAGCAGAUCCAAACAGGAGGACGUCUAAUACCACGCCUUUGUGUUAUGCUGCAUCUGAAGGAAAGUUAGAGAUGAUCCACAAACUUAUGGCUAAUGGAGCAGAUCCUAAUAUCACUGACUACUCAGGGUUGACUCCAUUAGAGCAUGCAGCACUAAAUGGUUUCCAUGCGGUGGUUGAGCUUCUGCUUCAACAUACAUCCAAAAUAGGGUAUCUUGAUUCUGUUUGGAGCUGCGAUGGAGUGAUGCAGCAUGUCAAUUCAGAAGACGCCCGAACACAUUGGAAGGAGAAACAGAAAGAGAUCUUUGAGAAUGCAGAAAAGGAUGGAAAAGAUGAACUCGAGAAGGGAGACUAUGUGAAAGCGGAAUAUUUUUAUACACAGGCAAUGAGGGCUGACCCGGCUGAUGCAAUAGUGCUGGGCUACAGGAGCUUAUGUUUUGCUAAAUUGCAUGCAGACGAUUUUGAUGAACAGACCAAACAAAAACUAGCUGUGAAUGCAAGAGACGAUGCACAGUAUUCUGUUGGCCUGAGGCCUAGUUAUCCAAUGGCGCACUAUUGGGAGGGUCAAGCUUGGACACUUCUUGAGGAACAUGACAAGGCAGUGGCUGCAUUUUUUCGGGCAUUGUCCCUUGACCCUUCGGACAAGGCGAGUCAGAAGGCGUAUCGGUAUGUAAUCUGCAACCCCAUACCUAAUGCGUAAUCUGUUUCAUGGAUGGCUAAAGUUCUGUACCCAAAGGAGGGAAUCCUGCAUUUUCCUUCAGUAACUCAGGUAUGCUUGAUGACAGGGAUGCGCGGGCUAAAGUUGACAAGGCCAGCCAUUAGCUAACAGUGGAUGGAGUGUGAGGAUUCUGAAAACUAUGAUUCGGCUGCUGUGAAUACUCUGUGGGAAACAAGUUGCAAGAGUUUCGUGAAUUCUAGGAUGGCACUUUUAUCUUUUUGUUGGUACGAGUAAUAUUUCUGCGUCUUAUCAAAAUCCAAACUCCAAGUACACUGCUCUCAUCUUUAUGUUGAUGCUGUCGUUUUUUGCUUAAGCCUAAUGAGGUUCCUGUAUGCUACAGUAGUACUAUAUGAAGCUUCUUUUGAACAUCAUCAAAUUGACACUAACAUUUUAGUUGUGCUCGCUUGAUAUGUUCCUUGGCUCCAUUUUCUCAAAGGUAUAAAAUUUUGUCCUGAAAAUGUUGGUGAUUCAUGGCCCCUUGUUUAAUGAUUAUGAAGUAGUUAGAUGAAAUAUUUCCUCUGUCCCGAAAUGAUUGUCCUUUUUGAAUGAAAAUUCAACUGAACAAUUGUUUUUUCGAUGGAGGGAGUAUAUUUGCAGGUAGAAUAUGAUUCAUUAGUUAGUUAGGAGGUCUCCCGGUUCCAACUUAAUUUUCAAAGUUUCCUUUUAAAAAUUCA